AUGUACGACCUCGCGCGCGACGAGAGUGAUGCGGGCACCAGCCCAUGGACGCACCAUCCCAGCGGAGUACGAGUGGCACAAGGUACACUAAAGUUCUUAAUACUGCGAAGUAAUGUUUUAAAUUGCUCACCGUUAUUGUUUGCUAUACAAACUGUGAGAAUGUCGGUGUCGCACACCAACGCGCUGCUGUCCCAUGCGCCGCGCACACGGAUCGUCUCCCGGCGGCCGCGGAGGCCCGCACGAGAGGCGAGUGAUGCACUAAUAAGAGACACGGUAGAUCCGUCGUCUAACAACGCACUCGUAGUAAAAAUACCGUUAGGGCUCACCGACGACCGUUCCGCGUUACUAUCACUAAUACAC